ACACAACAUUCACCAAAGGAAUCAUUAGCUAGUCAUGGAAAACAGAAGCAAAAUUGUUGUCUCAUUGGUUCUUCUUCCUCUCCUCUUAACUACCAUCUCUGCUCAGAGCACUAAGCUCACACCAAACUUCUACAAGACAACAUGUCCCAAUGUAGAGUCCAUUGUCCGAUCUGCAGUUCAAAAGAAGUUCCAGCAAACCUUUGUGACAGCUCCCGCAACUCUUCGCCUCUUCUUCCAUGACUGCUUUGUUCGUGGAUGUGAUGCUUCGAUAUUGCUGGCAACGGGUAAUGGUAACGGGGAGAAGGAUCAUCCGGAUGAUAUCUCCUUAGCUGGAGAUGGAUUUGACACAGUGAUCAAAGCAAAGGCGGCUGUUGAUAGUAAUCCUCAGUGCAGACACAAAGUUUCUUGUGCAGACAUUUUAGCUCUUGCAACCAGAGAUGUCGUACAAUUGACGGGAGGACCGUUUUAUACAGUGGAAUUGGGAAGACGUGACGGUAGGAUAUCUACAAAAGCUAGCGUUCAAAGACAGCUCCCUGGCCCUAAUUUCAAGUUAGACCAGCUAAACUCCAUGUUUGCUAGGCACGGUCUCUCUCAGACCGAUAUGAUCGCAUUGUCCGGUGCACACACCAUAGGAUUCGCUCAUUGUGGUCGUUUCUCUAAGAGGAUCUUCAACUUCAGCCCCAGAAACACGAUCGACCCUACUCUCAACUUUCGAUACGCUCUUCAGCUGAGACAAAUGUGCCCAAGGAACGUUGACCCCAGAAUUGCCAUCAACAUGGACCCAACCACCCCUCGUACAUUCGACAAUGCCUACUACAAGAAUCUUCAGCAAGGAAUGGGUCUCUUCAGAUCUGAUCAGGUUCUAUUUUCGGAUCCCAGAUCCAGAGGCACCGUCAACCUUUUCGCAUCAAGCAAUGCAGCUUUUCACAAUGCUUUCGUGGCUGCCAUUACCAAGCUAGGCCGAGUAGGGGUUUUGACAGGAAAACAAGGUGAAAUUCGACGCGAUUGCACUCGGCCAAACUAGCCUACAGCACUUUCUUUCCGCUUCAUUUCCUUUUAAAUUAUAAUUUCUUAUCACAUCAAUAAUAAAUAACACCCAUGUUUGAUAUCUAUGUGUUUCUUACUCUUUUAAUAAUAAUAAGUGAAUUCGUCGAUUCAAA